UGUGGAAUCCAUUUCACACACUGCAGAAGCAACCGACUGCCAUGCCCCAGCAAGUGUGGAAUCCAUUUCACACACUGCAGAAGCAACCGACCGCCGUGCCCCAGCAAGUGUGGCAUCCAGCUCAAAUGCACCAGAAGCAAACGACUGCCAUGCCCCAGCUAGUGUGGAAUCCAUUUCACAAACUGCAGAAGCAACUGACCGCCGUGCCCCAGCAAGUGUGGCAUCCUGCUCUAAUGCCCCUGCAGCAGAAGCAACCGACCGCCGUGCCCCAGCAAGUGUUGCAUCCUACUCAAAUGCCCCUGCAGCAGAAGCAACCGACCGCUGUGCCUCAGCAAGUGUGGAAUCCAUUUCACACACUGCAGAAGCAACCGACCGCCUUUCCCCAGCAAGUGUUGCAUCCUACUCAAAUGCCCCUGCAGCAGAAUCAACCGACCGCCGUGCCUCAGCAAGUGUGGAAUCCAUUUCACACACUGCAGAAGCAACCGACCGCCAUGCCCCAGCAAGUGUGGAAUCCAUUUCAUACACUAAAGAAGCAACCGACCACCGUGCUCCAGCAAGUGUGGCAUCCUGCUCUAAUGCCCCUGCUGCAGAAGCAACCGAACGCAGAGCCCCAGCUGGGGUGGCAUCCUGCUCAGUUUCCCCAGCAGAAGCAACUAGCCCCUAAGCCUCUACUGCAGAAGGAACCAACCACCAUAACCCAGCAACCUCAGCAGGUGUGGCAUCCAGCUCAAAUGUCCAACAAUCGAACAUCCACUGAACCUCAGCAGCAAAAGCAACCAUCCACCACGCCCCAGCAAGUGUGGCAUCCAGCUCUAAUGCCCCUGCAUCAGAAGCAAACCGUGCCCCCUGAACCUCAGCAGAAGGAACUGACCACCAUGCCCCAGCAACAUGGGGUGGCAUCCUGCUCCAUUUCCCCCAGCAGCAGAAGCUGCAGAAGGAACCAACCUCCAUAA